ACUCGGGCUCGUCACCUUUCCUUCGGCUAUUGAUUUGCGCCUUGGUCUCGUUUGUCUCCGCAUAGUUUUUGUGUAAAUCAUUUGAAAUGGCGAGUCAAACGCAGGGGAUCCAGCAAUUGUUGGCUGCUGAAAAGCGCGCCGCAGAGAAAGUAUCAGAGGCGAGAAAGCGAAAAGCGAAACGCCUAAAGCAGGCCAAGGAAGAGGCCCAAGAUGAGGUUGAAAAGUACAGACAGGAACGUGAGAGGCAGUUCAAAGAGUUUGAAGCUAAGCACAUGGGCACACGGGAAGGUGUAGCUGCCAAGAUCGAAGCAGAGACCAAGGUCAAGAUUGAGGAGAUGAACAAAAUGGUCAUCACCCAACAGGAAGUGGUGAUCAAAGACAUCCUGCAGCUGGUGUACGACAUCAAGCCCGAGCUCCACCAGAACUACCGCUUAGACUAAGCGCAGACGCUCCGUAAUCAAACGCUUGCGAACACGCACUCUAUUCAUAGUUCUAUUGUUAUUUGUAAUCUGUAGCCCGUUGGCGCCAAUGCUCGCGUCAAUGUCAACGUCAACUUGACAGCUGACAGCCGCUGAUACUCGCCGCUCGCUGUACAUACCUAGCUUGGUGUUGCCAUGUUAACGUUUAAUCAUUGAAUUUUAAUCUUAUAUUAUCAGCUCGAUAUCAUUCCAUAUGAAAUACAAGUAUUGGAAGACCGAUGAAGAACAGAUUUAACUUAUUGAAAAUUGUAUGUUAUUCAAUGUUGUAUGUUGAAUAGAAAUAUAUAUUUAAAAUAAAUUUGGAAUGUUUUUAUUUAUUUCUUGUUACAAAGUAGUCUAAAGUGAUUGCGAUGUGUACAGUAUUAGAGGAAAUAUAUUAUUAAUGUAC